AACGUUAUUAUAACGAUAAAUUUUUAACUGUUACGGUCAUUUUCUGAAAAUUUAAUAUUUUGGAUUCUAAGUUAUUUUAGCGCCAGUUUUUAUUUUUUGUUACGCUUGAAUCAUACAUUCUAUACGUUUUAUUAUAAUCACUUUCAUCGAUUUUAAUAACGCGCAAUCAGUGAGUAGUUGGCGAUACCAUGGCUCCGAAAACGCACGUUGGAAAACAAGAGAAGAAGCCGGGAAAAUCGAUGAAAGUGUCAAAGUCUCGUCAAAACGACGACAGAUCAAAGAAGAAAAAGAAGUCACGCACAGAGAGCUACGGCAUUUACAUCUACAAGGUGCUCAAGCAGGUCCAUCCCGACACCGGCAUCUCGAGUCGCGCUAUGUCGAUAAUGAACAGCUUCAUGUACGACAUAUUCGAGCGGAUUGCGAGCGAAGCGGCGCGUUUGACCGGUUACAACAAGAAGCCGACCCUGGCGGCUAGAGAAAUUCAAACGGCCGUAAAACUCAUAUUACCCGGCGAGUUGGCCAAGCAUGCCGUCAGCGAGGGUACAAAAGCCGUCACCAAGUACAACAGCAAUAAACCAGCCAUCUAAUCCAAUGUAAUAGGCGAUUGCAAGCACUCUAUUAUGAUGAAUCGGCUCUUCUAAAGGGCCAAAUAAUGAUUAAUACGUUAUUUACAAACAUAUCGUUUGCCUCGUAAUACAUAUCAACUCGAAAUUUUCAGAAAACUUGCCGAGCAUAUUAUUGCUGUUGCUGAGUAUAUAAAUUUGAAUAUGAAUUCUCAAUACUGAUAAUUCUAUUUUUAGUAAAUUACACUUAACCAUCAUUAAUGUGAUAUUUAAAAAAAAUUUGUUAAUUACUUAUAUCGUGUUUUGCAAUUUAAAUGUAUAUAGAGUUUAGUAAGUGCAACAAAACUUAACAUUUUUUUUUGUAAAAAAAUUGUUUUAAUAUUUUGUUAUAAAAAUUAUAUUUAUACAAUUGUUACUAAUAAAAUUAGUUAAAUAUUAUUAUCGAAGAAAUUUGUUGGUGCAAUGCAUAAUUAAUGUUUUUCAAAAUUUACCACUCCUCAAAAAAAAAUAUAGAUUGUCCGUAGUAUAAAUGCCACAUAUGGAUACAAUCAUGAAUACAAUACAAUUUCAAGUCUUUAUGCACAUUUUUUAAAGAAAUUUAAAUAAAACUAAAACUUAAAUAAUA